UGUGAUUCUUUCCUGAACAGGUUGCUGGUCUUCUCAAUAUCGAUUCAGAGUCGCUUUCUGAUAGUUAUUGUUCAGGUCCAAGUCCUUCUAUGGCCAAAGCUGAUAUUAAGACUAAAGUGCACAAACUUAUUCAUGAUUUGGUGUUGCAUAUUCAUGAGCAUGAACCAGACAUUGAAAAGAGCAUUUUGAUUUUUCUUCCAACAUACAAUGCACUGGAGCAGCAAUGGUUCCUUCUGAAGCCAUUUAGUUCAUCUUUUAAAGUUCACAUUUUACAUAGCAGCAUUGACACUGAACAAGCUCUCAUGACUAUGAAGAUUUGGAAAUCCCAUCGUAAAGUGAUACUGGCCACAAAUAUUGCAGAGUCGUCAGUAACAAUACCCAAGGUGGCCUAUGUUAUUGAUUCAUGCCGAUCUUUACAAGUUUUUUGGAACAGUUAUCAGAAAAAGGAAUCUGCAAAGCUUGUUUGGGUUUCUAAGUCUCAGGCCGAUCAGCGUAGAGGGAGAACUGGUCGAACUUGUGAUGGCCAGAUUUAUCGGUUGGUUACUAGACCAUUUUUCAUCCAGUUUGACGAAUACGAGGGUCCCUCUGUACUGAGGUUAUCAUUGCGGCUGCAAGUGCUUCAGAUCUGCUGUGCUGAAUCUAAGGCCAUUAAUGAUCCCAAAGGAAAAAAGAAGAAGAUUUCUUUAGUCUUUGUAUUGAUAUGCCAAACAAGGGAUUCCAUCUAGUUUUUGGAUGGAUGAUGUAACAGAGUAAUUGAGAAAGACAAGGAACACACGUUUUGUGGCUAAUUAGGCAAGACAAAGGAAACCUGACCAACAUUCUAUAUCUUGAUUAUCUGUUGCUGUGCUCCUUGAACCUGAUAUAAGAUUUUCUCUAA